GUUUCAAAGGGGAAGCCGCAAGAGGAAUGCUCAGAAGGAGACGAUGACCGUCGUCUUCGAGGCCGAUGAUCAGCAAUCUGAGUCCUCAGAGUCUUCAGUGGAGGGGCCAGAGGAGGAAGACAUUGUCAUUCCACGGGAGCCCCUAGAGGAAGAUCAGGAGCUUCGGCUACACAUCCUGGGGAUGACUGGAUUUUGGACCAGUUCUAUCGAGACGAAUUUCGCAUCGAAGCUCUCCGAGCUACCAACGCACUGGUUGCUUUCUUCUGUACCAGUGACCUUCAGCGGAGGUCUCAAGACUGAUGAGACUGGAAUCCAUGCCUUCAUCUUUAUGAGGCGGUCUGACAUUCCAACCAACCUGAGAAUCGUGGCGACUGGUCGGGGUGCGGGCCUUGAGAUGCACGACAAUGAUUGCAUCCUGAUGGUGAAGAGAAAUGCAGCGGACGAUAAUUUAUGCCAGGAACCAAUGCUUGCAUUUCCACACCGCUUCCUGAGCCUACUGGGACCACUGCCUGGAGUUCCCCGAGCACUGAAAGACAUAAAGCCUGCCAAAAAAAAGGACUACGUUCUUUUGGCAAAGUUGCUGCUUCAAAAUGACCCAACAGAAUGUACUCGAAGAUCCGUUGAGUUUCUAAUUGGGAUUUGCAAUGGCUUGGAGCCGGAUGCGGUUCCGCCCAUUAAAUGGCUGGAAGAGGAACCUGCAGUGCUUGGUAUUCAAUUGGGGGCCCCAUCUGCAUUUAGCAGGGUUGCCCCAGUGAUGCGUUUGCGUGCAACUAUCAGGUAA